UCUUUUAUAUGCGAUCUUCGGACGGUAUACCACUAUAGUAAGAGAAUGAAAUCCUUCUCAUGCUCAUUGUUCGUAGCCAGAAGAAAGGCCUGGUUUGUAUGGUCAGGGUCAUCCAUCUUUGUGCCCGUCGUCUAUCAUGUCGUUGACAAAGGCUUCUAGGAUAAAACGUGACUGGAGUAUUUUGCAUAUCCUCCGUUGCCAUGAAGGAGUCGUAGGGCUCCAUUUGUGGUUUGUUGGUUCGUCUUUGUGUGCUCGGCCUGCGAGCAGUGGGUUUCCGGCAAAUCUAGAGACGAGCCAAGGCAACGGUUCAUUUGAGGCUGAGGUAGUGUGGCUGCUAUCUCUAAGUAGUUUCAAGCGUCUUUCAGAUAAAGGAGUCUACCUACAUGUUACAGCCUGUGGCUUUGUAGCUUGACUUCAUGGAAGAGAGGGAUGCUGAUUGAAGCUGGUGUGGUGAAUCUUCACCAGCCGAGCAGGUGGAAAGCCUUAAUUCUGCACCCAGCGGUUCUGUAUGCGUUAGAUGAGCU